AUGGCGGAGCUUCCCAGACGGAGGCGGAAGGCAGUUGAUGGCCUAGAUAAGAUCCCAUCCACUGAGCAGGAGUGGCUUGAAAUGGUCACAACGUAUAGCUUGGUCAAUGCCAAACUCCAGGACUUGUGCUCCUAUGGUUCUUUCUCUGCGUCAACAGUGCCUAAAGAAGCCUUCCUCACUGUCCGAUGCAUUUGGCCAGAAGUGAUGGCUGUUGGGGAUGCAUUACCAUAUAUUCUCAGGACGGGGUCGUACUUCAGUGACGAACAUGUUGCCCAGGCUACAAAGCUUAUCAAUAGGAAACUUCUCGGACUCGACAAGUUAGACACUCUGUUUGAUGUCAUCUGUUCCCAAACAAAGACACCUCGUGAAUGGUUAUGCACGCUUGCAGAUGGACUAGGCCCAUUCUCAAUGCUUGUUAGUUUAAAAAGGCAAAUUCUAGACAAAGGACUGCAUACUGCUCCAAGAGAGGAGCCUCUCCCUAUAACUUACGCGCCAAGAAAGGGGCAUUACAACGCUUCUCAAAGUUCAUCAGGCCAAAUUCCUGAUUCUCCGACCCCCAGGCACCCUAAGCGCUUGCGCCUAGGAGAUUUUGAUGCCAUCGAUGACCAUCCGGCUCCAAGCGAGCCUCCUACUCCGCCUAACAUUGAACUAACAGAGGAAACCUUAGACGAAAUUCCGGAUGACAUCCCGGACCCACGGACUCCUACUGAGACUCUGGUGGUCGAUUUUAUGGUCAAUCUUCUCGGGGGUUUAGCAUGCCUUUUACAGCCCCUUGCUUACCGGACUGUUUGCGUGGCUAAUGCCUUUGAGACAACCUAUCAAUUUGGCCCACUUCCGAAUGGUCCGAUCGCUUCAAAUCAUGUACAGUUCCGAGCACGUAUAGACGGGAGCAUCCCCUUCAGCCUGCCUCCGGACAAAAAUCUUCCUGAAAUGGUGAUAUUCGAAGCCAAGCGUGCCCGUCGUGAAACUGGCCAAGGUGUUACUGUUGUGGGGCAGCAGUCAAUGGAGCAUGUUGCAUAUAUCUGGAAACGACACAAAAAUGAUCAAUUGCCGAGGAACCCCGGAACUUACCAUACUUUCAUGAUUGCACAAGAUUUCCUGUCCUUCUACAUUAGCAUUGGGACUUACGACAAAGAGUACCUUGACUACAUUUUUAGCCCUGGCGAUGUACCUGUUGUUACUCAAAGGGGGAAAAAACACUUUCUUCGAAUUCAGGAGUUUGGGCCGUUCCAAGUUGAUGAGAGAGAUGAGAUGGAGCUUCUCAUUCACAUUAUACUCUGCUUGAUAAUCUCACAACUUACACCAACCAAUGAGGGUGGUCUGAUUCAAAACGCUCUGAGUUGA